AUGACUCCUGAAUCUGAAUGGAAACGAAUUGCCCUAAAUAACAUCAAGUAUAAAGCUGACAAUGCGAAAGACAAAGAAACGGAAUUGCGAUUGCAAAUUGAUGAAUUAGUAGAAGAGAUUUCACAAUUAGAGACUUCUCUGAUCAGAUGUGGAGUAAAUAGUAGUAGGGAAGUUGAUAAUGGUGGCGGCAGUAGCAAGCAUGACGCAGACAAUGAAGUGACCGAAAAUAAUGCUGAUAAUGAGAGUAGGUUGAAAUUCGAAAAUCAGAGGAUAAAUCUCGAAUAG